AGAUGCGGUUAAGUAUCCAAACCAUUCUCUCAAUAAUUAUUGUCACGUUAUCAUCUGGAAUAAACUCAUCAAAAUGUCGGGAUGGAGUGCAUAAUGUCAUUACAGUGGAUUCAUAUGGAAACGAAACUCUCCCAGUGGAAAUUCGAAAUAUCCGAAUCCAUGUCUACGAUCAUGAUAUGAAGCCGUCGUGUUACAAGCGAAAAGUGAAUGUGGUGAUGCCAGGAUGGUUUGUGAUCAAGAGUGGAGAAGUAGAUACAUCUCGAGAUUUCGAUGUUGUCAAAGACGGAGCAGUGUCUGUCAGUGUCGCGUUGGAUGGUGAUCAUAUUUGUUUGAACGGACAUUCAGAUAUGUUCAUUGUUCCCGAGUCGUUGUGCAACUUCGAGAUGAGCUCAUUUUUCCCGGUGGAUAUUUGUAAAACACUUCAACAAAAAGGACUUCAUACAUUGAAAGAGCUCGAGACAAAAAAUGCAUUCAAUGCCACGUUGGAACUUCCUGCGUCUCCAAGCUUCUUAGGAAUCUCAUUGUUAGAUGUGAUGAAGGGCAACUAUCGAAUCAAAAUCUCUAUCGCAUCCGAGGGCAAGAAAAUCGUUGAAUUUGCCCUUCCAACGGGUUACACAGAUCUCAAAAUGGGGCUCAAUGAGAAAGACGACGAAGAUUAAAGCUCAAGCUUGCAUAAAAACUAAUUUUCCUGUCAAAAAUGCAUAUUCAUAUUUUACUAGCAACCAUUGUUUUCGGGUAUGUCUGUGAAUAAAAGUGUAAUCUUCCC